AUGCCUAGUUUAAGGCUACGCAUACGCGUAACCCUAGAAGCUACAAAGGAAGCCCUCUUACCCCUUCGACUAGGUCUAUACGUUAACGAUAGUAAUACGAGUUUACCUAUACCUUUUAAGGUACCCCUAUCGGGUUCUAAGCUCCCGUUAACCCGCCCCGGUCCCGUAGAUAACCCUUUCGCCUCGUCGUUUAACCCUAGCGCCUUACUAGGUUUACCCCCUUCUACCUACUACGGACCUACUUCUAGUACCUUGCCUAGCUUUAGUCCUACCCGCUUCGUACCCCCCCCUACUGUUAACGAACCCGUAAAGCCUAACUAUAUAUCCUCCCUUGCCUUAUACAUAUGCUCGGUUAUUAAGGCAACUUUUAACGUUAGAAACUCGGGUAAUCCCGACGGCCGCAUUACCUAG